CUGUGAAUACAAACACCACACUCUUUUACACGCACGAUUGCUGGACAAGAUCAUGGCACCAGGACCGAUAGACCAACCGGAAACGGAGCAAGUGGACCCAAAACCAGUGCCCAAGCUCUCCAAGGGCGUUGUACUGGGACCAGAUGGCAAGCCAUGCCGCACCUGCACCGACGUAUCCUCCCUCUUCGCCAUGACCAAGAGCACAACCAAAAAGCGCCCCGCUCUUCCCACCGACUGCCCUCCCGACGUCGCGCAACUCGGCCGGUCGUCCUGGACACUGCUCCACUCCAUCACCGCGCAAUACCCCGAGAAGCCAUCCCCGGAGAAGCAAGCAGAGACUAGUACGUUCAUGAAGACGUUCGCAAAGCUCUAUCCAUGUUGGCAUUGCGCAGGCGACUUCCAGGAGUGGAUGGCGAACGGGAAUGCGCCGCGGGUGAGCUCGCGGGAGGAGUUUGGGCAGUGGAUGUGCGAGGCGCACAACGCUGUCAACGUGAAGCUGGGGAAGAAAGAGUUUGAUUGUAGGAGGUGGGAGGAGAGGUGGCGGACUGGGUGGAAGGACGGACGAUGCGAUUUCUAAGAGGAGAGCAUCGCGUGUAUGAUAUUUGUAUAUGAGAAGAGAUACCCUUAGCGCGAUUUCGCAACAUAUGAGGUGGUAUACGGCAUUGGGCGGCGUUAGGAUACCAUCUCAGCUUCGGCAGGGUGGCCUCCAAUCAAGAGUGUACUAUAUGGCCAUACUCAGCACGUCUUUACAUGAGCAAUUGCCGCG